AUGACGGAGUUGCUUUUAGCUCAGUCACCUAUUCCUCCUUCUCAAGAGCUUGUUUCUUCUCAAGAUAUCCCCAUGUCUCAAGAACGUACAUACAAUGGAAAGUUGGCAAUUAAAAGAUCUUGCAAGGCGGCUGAAUGGGGGUUUAUUAUAAAAGGUGUUGGUCAAGAUUUUUAUGGAGGACGAGAUGAAGCUCGUCUUGUUGUUGAGAAAUAUAACCAUUUUUUUGGUCGCAGGGUGAGAGUCGUUAAGAGCAAUCCAGAACGAUAUACGGUGGAAUGUUAUUACAAGGAGAAAUUGGAAUGCGACUGGAUGUUCCAUGCAGCUCCCAAGACUUCCAAUGUGAAGGGUCACUUAUUCCUCAAGUCCUAUAACGGGGAACAUAAAUGUUGUGCUGGUUAUUGUGAUGGAACAAAGGCUGAUCCGGUUACGCGCGAACUUAUCAAGAGUUUGAUAUUUGAGCAGAUUGAACAGAAUCCCAACAAGAAAGCCAGGGAUAUUGUUAGAGAACUUAAAAGUGAUUAUGGGUUGGAAGUGAGCUACGAUCAGGCGCAUGCCGGGAAAGAAUUAUGUUUCAAGGAAUUGUAUGGCGAGGACAUUAAAUCAUACACUGACUUGAGAUGGUGGUGUGAAGCCAUGAAGAAACACGAUCCAGGUAGUAGGGCUGAUUUAGUUGUUGAAGGUGGCGAGUUUAAGAGUUUGUUCUUAGCCUUCGAUGCUUGCAUCUCUGGUUUCGAAUAUUGUCGCCCGGUACUGUUCUUGGAUGAAACUUUCCUAACUGGAAAAUUUAGGGGUUGUCUUAUGGCGGCUACCGGGAAGAAUGCGAAUAAUGGAAUAAUUCCUAUGGCAUAUGGUAUCGUAUCAGCUGAAACUCAUUUGAAGAAUAAUGUCUGCAGUAAGACCAACAAGAAAAAGCGAGAGCAUUGUGCUGCGAUGGGUUUGUUCAAAGAAUGUUUAUAUUUAUCGACUCAUGAAGGCUUUGAUCAGGAUAUGCAAAAGUUGAAGGAUAUGGGAUGUGAUGGUCUUCACAAAUUCUUGAGUGAGAUUCCAGUGGAAUGUUGGUCCAAUGCACAUUGUCUGGGCUGUCGUUACGGCGACAUGUGUUCAAACAUUGCAGAGUACUUUAACUCUUGGAUCAAGGAAGCAAAAGGUAUGCCUAUUGCAACACUUGUUAACUGGAUCAUACUUAAAAUUAUGGAACAGAUGAGUACAAGGAAGAGGAAGGGGGCGACGUAUAAAGGAUUCAUUUGUCCCAGGCUAGAGAAAAAAGUGUUGGCUUCCAUUCGUGUUGGUGUCCAGUGGAGAAUAACCAAGUCUGGUGACAUGGAGUGGGAAGUUUUUGAUGGAAAGCACACGCAUGCUAUUAAUAUUGCGAAGUUUCAGUGCAGCUAUAGGGUUUGGUUUACUGAGCAGUUCCCUUGUGAUCACGCUAUUGCGUGUAUGCAUUCAAAUAACAUCAAUGUUUACGAGUACAUUAAUCCGUAUUUCAGCAUUGCUAGCUUCCGUGCUUCGUAUGAUCGUCCUAUCAAGCCCAUUCCUGAUUACGACAAGCCUAUUGAUGUUGCUACUGGAUAUCUCGUGAACCCACCAACUGUCGUAGGAAAAAAACAUGGUAGGCCGAAGAAGAAGCGGAUUCCUAACACAGGUAGUGCAAGUUUCAAGAGACCAAUUACGUGCGGUACUGCCAUACUCAGGCACAUCAUAACAAGACGACGUGUCCUCAUUCUCCUGCGAAAAAGCAACGUUAAGUACCUGCUUAAGAACAUCUCCAGCCUUCAUUUCUUCUGUGCAGCUUUUUACCAUGAUAUCUUUUAUUAG